AUGGCCACGACAACGGCGCUCCCCCACUUCAGGGCCAUCCGACAGGAGGCCCAGGUCAUUACGCAGACUGUCGUCCUCCCGUCCACCACCUAUACAACCUAUGUCACGCUAGGUGUGGACGCUACGGACCGUCCCGUGGUCACAUCCCAUCACUCAAACCCAAAUGGUCUCACGGAUACUGAGAUUGGCAUCAUUGUCGGCACCGUGGUCGGCGUCUUUAUCCUCCUCAUGAUCGGCAUACGCUGCUGUCUCCGUUCAGGACGGGUAAACGAUAUUCAUUUCGUGCCGCCAGGUCGAAGGAUGCCUCAUAGCAAAAGAUGCAGCUACGGGAGCUCAUACAUGGAGGAUGGCUACUCGGAAGCCAUGGGUGAAAUCCGACGAGGCAAAACACCACGAGGUCAACCUCCACCACAACAAUGGACUCAACCCAUGCCUCAAACAUACUGGACUCAACCAACUCAGGGAUACUGGCCCCAGCAGGGACAGCAAGAGUACUACUACCCACCACCUCCUCCCAAGUCUCACGCAGGCAAGACACCCAAGAAGCGGAAGAGUCAGCCGGUACAAGGAGAAGGCCGCUGGGUGAGGACCAUCCCCGUGCCCACCACCAACCUACAGUUCCCGCCACCGGUUAUAGACAGGGAACAAGUCCCAGGAGGUCCCAAGAUUCCGACCUACAGGGCGAUUCCUAUUGCCAAUCCAAACAAGCCCCAGAAUCCUCCACGGGUUGUUUGA